AUGACGGGCAGACAGAUGACCCUACCUCUGCACCUGCUGUAUCAGCCAGGUGAGGCCAGUAUAGCAACGGCCUACACGGCCCAUCAGUACAUGACUGACUUACACCAGCACCUGAAUGCAACUUUUGCCUUCACCCAAGAGCAUCUCAGCAAAAGUGCUGAAGGAUGCAAGUCCUACUAUGACCAAAAAGCCUCCCAACAGGAACUCCAAGUGGGUGACAAGGUGUGGUACUACCUGUUCACCCAGCCCACUGGAGAUAAAGCCCCAAAGUCUGGGAGACUGGCACGAAAGUUCCUGCCCCGCUGGGCAGGCCCGUACCUGAUCACUGAAAAGCUCUCUUCUGUUGUGUACCAAAUUAAGAUCGCAAAGGGCAACAAAGAGCUGACCCUUAAAUGGGUCCACCGCAACCAGAUUAAACUUCACCACAACCCCAUGGGACUUGUCGGGGCCUCCAGCGCCACCCUUGAGUCAUAAACUAGAACAGUCCCAAGUUCUCCUGAUUGACGUCAGGUCCCCUAGUCCUCAUAGAUAUUGUGUCUACGUGAAGUUUAUCCUAUUUGUGCGUCUGUAUUGGUGUUGAAUUGUUGCCACUGAAUUGCCCUCGGGCACACUUUGGGUCACAAAGGGGGGAGGAGAAAAUAAAGUGACAGGGAGCAUUUGAAUUCUAGAUUGUCCUAUACCAACUCAUCCUAACUAUGUCCACCCUCUUCCUCAGGAUGAUUUGGCUGAUAGCGCUCCUGAUUCUCGGCUUGGUAGCUGCUCCAGCUAGCCCUGAGAUCGUAGAGCCAGGACCGGACUCUGGAAUUGUGUUAAGGGAUCAGCCUGGACUCCUGAUAACAGACUGUCGCCUGCACACACAGAAGGUGUUUGUCAGGCUCAACCCUAAGGAAGUCCUCAAGAAAAAUGUUCCGGUAACAGCUCAACUGACCAGUUGGGCCGGGACACAUUGGAGUAGGCAGGUCGUAAAUCACGCCGAGUUGGACAUUACUUACAUGUUAGAGCAACUUCAGAAAUUCACUGUCACUCAAACAGAGUUAAGCGGUACCAACAGGAGGUCCAAGCGUUUUAUCGGAGCACUGCUCACCGCAGCCUCGGUUGUUGGCUCUCUUUUUGGUGUUGGGCUCUCCUCUGUCAAUUAGCUUAGCUGCCGUCAAAUGCCAUGUGGGUGAGCUAGAAGCCGAAAUCCCAGACAUCAGGGCUCAGAUAAACAGACAGCAGACACAACUGCAGACUAUUGGUCAAACAGUCAAGGGCACCGUCCUGGUGGUUAACACCCACACAGAAGUCCUGAAUAAGACGCUGUGUGCUGUAAAUUCUUUGUUGUCGGUGGUCCAGGUCGACUAUGCUCACACAAUGCUAUUAAAUAUGCUCAUGUCAGACAUGUUGCAAGAAAUAUCAUCCUCAAUAGACAGCUUGGCUGCAGGCCGGAUUCCUCCGUACUUGGUACCUCUCUCAUUGGUUCAGGAUUUACUAUCAACUGCAACCAGAGAGGCCACCACUCCUUUACAAGCCCACCUCGCGUAUACCCUAGGUAGCGCUGUGCCGAUCUAUGUUAAUCCCGAAGAUAGAGAAAUUGCUUUCCUUAUUAACUUGCCAAUUAUAGCAUCAGGAAGCAUCUAUAGGCUAAAGGAUGUAGUCAAUGUCGAGUUUUGGAAAGAGGACGCACACCUCCAAAUUCAGACCCCACCAGUGGUCGCUUACCACGACAGCAAUCCUGACCUAUAUCUAGCUCCUAACCUGCGUAUGUGCACACGAACCAAAGACAUACACUACCUCUGCCCCAGUAAACCAUUUGUGUGGGACAGUACUAAUGGCCUCUGCGGCCUUACGCCCAUGGUGGCCGACACCAAAUGCCCUACUACAGCAAGACACCGCUCACAAGUGACUGUAACGCAGGUCGAAAGAGUGGGCCACCGUCGGUUAGUUAACACCCCCACCAAGACUGCCAUUGUAAAUUACGACCAGCACGAUACUGCCACACGCAUUUCUCUACUGGAUCAGACCAUGUGGAUUGAGGUGCCACCAAAUGCCAUUCUCCAUAUAGAUGACAUUGCCCUCUAUUACUUCAACCCUGAGCAAUUCGAAACAGAGAUUGAAGUGCCAGCGUUUUUCAGCAAGCAUACGCUGCACUUAGAUCCAAACACUAUUUCUCAAAUCCAAUAUGCAGGUACUCAGACCAUUGACCUAAUGCCUGUAGAUGACGUCCUUAUAGACAUAAGGUCCCAAGAGAAGUCCCCGCUGCAACCUAUAGUCUAUGUUUGGUCCACCCCAGACACCUUACUAGCAGCCGCCAUAGUGUUAGGGUAUCUCCUGACCUUCGGGUUAACCUUCAUCUACGUCAAACAUGGUAAAGCCCUACAGUACAAAAUAGACCAGUGUGUAACUAGGUUACGACUCCGUAGACAACCGGAAACGGAACAGGGAGUUGAACAGCCAGAGGAAGACCAGGUGAGCCACAUGCUCGAGGUGUAG